AUGGGAUGUGGCACUUCAGCACACAGCACCUUCUUGGCUAAGCCAGACACAGGCCAGGGAUUGCCAGAUGCAUCUCAUCCUGCAUUUAAAGCGGCUGUCCUGAUCCAAAGAUGGUAUCGGCGCUACGUGGCUCGGCUUGAAAUGUGCCGCAGGUGCACCUGGCGCAUCUUCCAAUCCAUAGAGUAUUCGGGAGAGCAAGAUCAUCUCAAGCUCAGCAAAUUCUUUGACUACCUCAUGGCGCAGUUCACACCAAGCAGCAGCAAAGAGCGAGAUUUCAUUAACCGCAUAUUGUCGGAAUCUGACAUCAUGAAAGACAACUCCUGCAACUACCGGUCCGUUGUGGUGCCGGACAGCUACACUGGGCCCCGCCUGUCCUUUCCCCUCUUGCCCGAUGAUGCGGCUGCUUUGCUAGAAGCUUUCAAACAAGAACAACAGCUUCAUGCUCAUUAUGUCCUAAGACUCUUCCAUGAGACGCGAAAGCAUCUGAACCAGUUGCCAAAUCUCACCAACAUCUCUACCUGCUACAGCGAGGAGAUCACUGUGUGUGGAGACUUACACGGCCAACUGGCUGAUUUGUUUCUGAUAUUCUACAAGAAUGGCCUUCCUUCUCCGCAGAAGGUGUACAUCUUUAAUGGUGACUUUGUGGACAGAGGGAAACACUCCAUGGAGGUCUUGAUUAUUCUGUUUGUCUUCCUCUUGAUUUAUCCCAAAGAGGUGCACCUCAACCGAGGGAACCAUGAAGACUAUAUGCUCAACGUACGCUAUGGACUCACCAAGGAGAUCACACGUAAAUACAAGGAGCACAGUGGCAAAAUUGUGAAAAUGCUUCGCCAUGUCUUUAGCAGCCUGCCGCUGGGGACCUUGAUUGACCAGAAGGUCUUGAUCGUACAUGGAGGAGUGUCCAGCAAGACUGAUUUGGAGCAGCUGGCCAAGAUUGACAGGCAUAAGAUUCUGUCUGUAUUAACACAGAAGAGAAAGAGCUCUAGAAGCGUGGAUGGCACUGAGCUGGAAGGUGCCAGGCCUGCCUGCGACAGUUUGCCUCAGGCCGCAAAUCCUGAAAACAAGUCUGAGUUCUCCCAACGGGCACAGCAGACAGCCCAGGAAGCUCUGCAGACUCACCGCAGGAUGGCUGGAAUCACGCCGGCUGCAGGAGCAGAGGGGCUAGUCCAGCGCUCCGCCUCCGUUUCGGAGAUAGAUGUGAGAUCCUGCGAGUCAGCAAAUUUCGAAGACGAUGACAUUACACAGGUUUUAGACAUUUUAUGGAGUGAUCCCAUCCUGCAGAACGGCUGCAAAAUAAACGAGGAGCGAGGAGGAGGCUGUUACUUCGGCCCUGAUGUGACAGAGGCGUUUCUGCAGAAACACAACCUGCAGUUCAUCAUCCGCUCUCAUGAGUGUAAGCUGGAAGGUUAUGAAUUCUGCCACAACCGGAAGGUAAUCACUAUAUUUUCGGCUUCGAACUAUUAUGCUGUGGGCAGUAACAGAGGUGCUUACAUCAAACUGGGGCCCAACCUGGUCCCACACAUCAUCCAGUACCAAGCCAGCAAGGGGGCGCACAAGCUGACCAUGACUCAAAGGAUCAGUCGAGUGGAGGAGUCCGCAUAUCAAGUCUUAAGGGAGAAACUGUUUGCUCACCGCUCAGACCUCCUGGCAGCUUUCAAGAACUAUGAUCAGAACAACACAGGCAUGAUCACGCUCAAUGACUGGGCAAAAGCCGUGGAGUCUGUCCUCCGGUUAGGGCUUCCCUGGCGGAUGCUGAGGCCGCAGCUCGUGGCAAACCUUACCAAUGGGAAGCUGGAAUACAAGGUGUGGCUGAGAAACAUCGUGACGGAGCAGUGGUCAUCCACGCAAGAGCGCCUCCAGUCCAGUUUGCUGGAAAACAUUUACCGAAACCUACCCAACCUGGAAACUAUCUUCAGUAUCAUAGACAGCGAUCAUUCAGGGGUAAUUUCUUUCGAAGAGUUCCACCAGACCUGGAGGUUGUUCAGUUCCCAUAUGAAUAUUGAGAUCUCAGACCAGAACAUAACUGACUUGGCCCGCAGUAUGGAUUUCAACAAAGAUGGGAAUAUAGACUUCAAUGAGUUCAUUGAGGCCUUUCGUCUGGUCAGACAGUCACCCUCCUGA